AUGACGAGCUCACCUCCGUCGUACCCCUCGCGCGCAAUGGCAUCCACGUUAGGAGAGGCAGACGCGCCCCACCCUGACUCUAGCCAUACGCAGGCAGCAGUCUCAUUUCCUAGCCUUCCGCCAGGAUUUCUUCAGCAAUGUCCGGCGCUUGACCCGAUGAACCCGUUCCAGGGAAUGAACGAGAUACAGUAUCCCUCCUUCUCAACUGCCAUGGCACAUGCUCAGCUCCAGAUGCAAUACGCCGGCAACCCCAUGUACACGCCACCAGCGCCUGCUAUGCAAUUCUCUUACCAGAACCCGCAAUUCCUCCUCACCAGCCCAGUGGAUAUGCUUCGCCAACCAUUCCGUCAGACCAGCAACACGGAGCUAACAAUAUGA